UCUUCUCCCAUCUGCAGCAUUGUUGUCCACCUUUGUCUUUCUGACUUGUUUAAAAGAACAGAACGUAACUUAGCACCUGGUAACAAAUGCGCCGCCGCCGCUCAGUAUAACGCUAGCUAAGUUACCCGUUACUCUCUCCAGACGCCCUAUCGGGGAUAAGAUCAUACUCCGACAAGUUGAGUGAUAACAUUAACUACCGAAACCGAUUGAUAAAACAUUUCGGACCCGGACAAAACCAACAACUGGUAUGACAUAAGACGAGAAAAAGGAAGAAACAAUGUUUUCAGUUAACGGACUCAGCAGCGGAUAACGUUACAUCCAAGGAGGAUGUGACCGCAAGUGUCGUUUCCGUCAUCGACAUAUAUAAACGUCUAUGGUUCUGCCACAGACAAAAUACUACAACAGCAACACUUACAGGUUUAGAUUCAGGGGUUAUUUUUUUAAUAAAAAUUAAAUUAAAUGUAUCUUAAGUGAUACUUUUCAUCUACCCCGCAAGAGGGCACACGAGCAAACAAAAUAUAAAAAAAACAGUAAACAUUUAUGAGUACAUCCGGGUCACUGUGGGUGCACUUCAUUUUAGCUAACAACUGUUAGUUAGUGAACCUUUCACACUGUUACCUUUGGCGAGUCUCUUAUUUCUAAAAAACAGGAUUCGUAGCCUGUCCCCGGUCAUGAUCAGGUCAUUGCUGCUGCGCAGGUUAACAUCCCACAUCCUUUCCUGUACCAGAGGAUCAUGUCUACUCACAGGUCGGAUACCUUAUAGUGCGCGGCCUCAUUCACCAGGUCACACACCCAUACAGCAGAGCUGCCAUGGACCCGUUACACCUAAAAUCAAAGCCCUGGUCAGGUACUCGGACUUGUCUACACAGAAAUACACUAUGAUUUACACCCUGCCGCACAUUAAGCUCCUCAGAGCUGUGUCCAGGCUCAAAUUGUUCCAAACUACAAUCACCACGGUCCUCUUACCCCCCGUGUUCAUCCUCUACCUCCUGGGAGACGUCCCCUUCUUUCUUGUCAGCUAUACAACGGGGAUAGCACUGUUCGCUGGUGUCAUGCUGUACACUGCCAGUCAUGUCUUCAGGAGGGUUGUGGGCAUGAUGUACCUGGACCCUUCCCAGACCACGCUCAAAGUGUCCCACCUCACCUUCUGGGGCAGGCGCAAUGAUAUCUACCUGCCUGUGUCAGAUGUUUUGACCAUUGGGGAUACAGGGGACUCCGUAAACGAGAAGAUAUUGAAACUAAAGAGAUACAGUAGUCCGGAGACGCUGUUUUUCUCCACUCAUUUUGGACGUGUGGUAGACAAACAGGGUUUUGAGAAGGUGUUUGGAACUUUAAAAUGAUAAUUAGUUCAAAAUGUAUAUAUGGGCAGAUGGUAAUAAUCUCCAGUGAAUUCACCUACUUUUCCUCUUCAAAAUAUAACUUGUUAUCAUGAGAAGGAUCUGUUCUCCAUGAGAAAAUGUUGAUCAAAACAUAAAGAUAAUACAUUGGAAGACUGUCUGAUGUGUCCACCGCUGACUAGCUAAUGAAUUUUUUAGUAAAGCUUGUGAUUGAAAAGUAAGGAUGCAUAGUAACAGGACUCUGGCCUUUAUAGUGGAACAACAUGCCAGGUGACCAGUGUUGGCAUUAAUAGUACUCGGAUUACUUUUGUCUGUUUGUAUUUAGUGACUUCAUGUGUGAAGCAGAAAUAAAGUCAAAUAAAACCAAACAAUGACAACACA